AUGUACCUGUUGGUGUAUGUCGAUGACAUCAUAUUGAUCAGCUCGUCGGCUCUUGCUGCGGAUCGUCUUGUUUCUGCUUUGAGUAGUGAUUUUGCCAUUACAGAUCUUGGCCGGCUUCAUUAUUUCCUUGGCUUGGAGGUCUCACAUUCUGAUGCCGGUCUGACUCUCACUCAGCAGAAGUACUCUCUGGAUUUGCUUCGUCGUGCUGGUAUGCUUCAGUGUAAGCCUGCUACCACUCCCAUGACAGCUUCUGAUAGACUCUCUGCACUUGAUGGUACCCUUCUUCCUUCAAAUGAGGCUAGCACGUAUCGCAGUAUUGUUGGUGGCUUACAGUAUUUGACGAUUACUCGUCCUGAUAUAUCUUAUGCGGUGAACAGCGUGUGCCAGUUUCUUCAUGCUCCUCGGGAUACUCACUGGACUGCUGUGAAGCGCAUUCUGCGCUAUGUUCGCUUGACUGCUGCUCUGGGCCUGCAUCUUCAGUCUGCUCCUUCCGGUGGCCUCUCGGCGUUUUCUGAUGCAGAUUGGGCUGGUAGCCCAGAUGACAGGCGAUCCACGGGGGGAUAUGCAGUGUUCUAUGGUCCUAAUUUGAUCGCCUGGAGUGCUCGUAAACAAGCUACAGUGUCUCGUAGUAGUACUGAAGCUGAAUACAAAGCAGUAGCCAAUGCCACGACUGAACUUAUCUGGGUUCAGUCCUUGCUUCGAGAGUUGAGAGUCUCUCAGCAUCAUCCACCUGUUCUUUGGUGUGACAACAUCGGCGCUACGUACCUUUCUUCAAAUCCGAGUAAAAAGGACCGGAGGGAGUACAAACUCUCCCACAAGAUGGAAUCAAAAGCUUUUCUGAAGUCUAGUUAA